AGUCGGCCAGUGUUUCCACACGGACGCUGUCGUCAACUUUACACGCGUUGUAUGUGUUGUGUUGUGCCAGUGUAUUGACAGGAGUCUGAUCAGACAGUCAGGGUUGGUUUGAUGACAGAUAGUGAAUCGCCGCUCACAUGUGCAGCUCGGAGGUAGUUCUGGGUUUUCUGGAGGAGGCGGAGCCGUGGAGGCUGCUGUCCCCACAGUUCCCCAGCAAAGUCGGGGGGAAACCGGCGUGGCUCAGCCAGGGUGGCCUGCCCUCCCUGCCCAGGCUGGAGUGUGAGAUAUGUCGCCUGCCUAUGGCUUUCCUCUUGCAGGUUAGUGUCCCGGAGGAUAACAUCCAAAACAGGACAAAGAUGACCUCAGCUCUGUCAUUAGGAAAGAAAACCAUGAGUACUGCGUGUGUGUGUGUGUGUGUGUGUGUGUGUGUGUGUGUGUGUGUGUGUGUGUGUGUGUGUGUGUGUGUGUGUGUGUGUGUUAAAGUACCAGAAAGGCAGGUACUAGAUAUUAGACCGGUUAACUGUUUUCAGUUUCUUAAUGAAAUAUCCAUGGGAGUUUGAGAUAUUUUUAAAAUCUGUGUAUGUGAAGAGUACAGGAAACUAGCAGGUCAACUAAGGAGUGAACCUCAGUAUACUCAUCCAGUUUGGUUUAAAUAGUUGGGUCACAGCUUUUUUGCUUCUUCAUUCUGUAAGGUCUUUUAGAUCAGAAACUCAACUUUUUGUGUGUACUACUUCUCUCUCAUGAUUCAUGCAGGUCUACGCUCCGAUUUCUGAACACGACAGAUGUUUCCACAGAACGCUCUUUCUCUUCUGCUGCAAGACUCAGGAGUGCUACACAUGCAAUGACAGCCGCUGUAUGAAGGGUAGCCUACAGAAGACCUCUGUUUUCUUUUCUUGAUUACGUAAUAUAACUCUUGUGAAUUAUCAAACACAAUUUAUCUCUGGAUAUUAUCCUGACUGGUUCUUGUUUUCUCUUUCUUCAUUUGAUAGUUUUCCGAAGUCAGUUACCAAGGAGGAAUGAGUUCUACCCAUACGAUCCUCCAUCAGGUUUGUUUUGGUGUGAACUCUGUUGGAAUGCCCCAUAAGCAACACACUGUGACAUGCUGUUUGUUCUGACACCUUUCUUUCAGAGCCAGCGUUUCGCCACAGUUUAAGCUUCAGUAGUUCUGUUUGGUUCGGCGUCUGCUUGGUUGGACCACACAGGCCAACAUUUACUCCCCACACAUCACUGAGCCUUGGCUGCUUGUGAACUUGUUGCCGGUUCACUGGUUUCUUUCCAUGAACCAUUUUGAUAGUUAUUUACCACUGCAGACUGAGGGCUCCCUUGAAGAACUGUUUUUGAGAUCCUUUGACUUUAGUCCUUGUCAAAGUCUUUCACAUAUUUAAUGCUGCUCCAAAUGUCAACUUACUGUCCAACAUAUCGCACCCACUGAUAUGUGCCAUUAUGACGAGACAAUCUGUGUUAUUUACUUCAUCUGUCAGCGGUUGUCAGAGUGUAGUUCUUUAACAUCUCUUCAUUUUCAAACAGACAUAGAAGAGUGUAGGUCAGUCCACAGUGUCACUCUACAAUACUUUUACAUAGAUGUAGCGCUAAUAUUCAAACACAAGAUGUUUAAAAUGAUAGACCUCAUGACUCAGCUUUGAAAGGUUUCCGUUUAUAUAAUUGUACCUGUCUGUUCUGAAUCAGUUUUUUAUGUUGUAGUGACUAAAAGGAGUCUAGUCAAUGUAAAUAGUGAGGAAACAAUGUUAAUUUUGAUAUGUCUUCAAUUUUAUCAGUCAUUUAACAUAAAAAGUAACAUUAAUUAAACAGUUGAAGUAUCCCUGGGAGAAUGAACACUGAUGUAUUUUGUUCCUUUUACCUUCAGAAGAUGAACCACCUUGUAAUCAUGAAGAGGACCAGAGCAUGUUGUCCCCCUCUGGAGUCAAACUGUGCUGGGUUUGUGGUUGCCCUGGCAGCAAAGCCUGCUCCCGCUGUCACACUGUGACCUACUGUGGGAAAAAUCACCAAACCCUGCACUGGAAACACAGUCACAAGAAGGAGUGCUGCAACCAAGGUGUACUUUUAUGUAUAUUACUAUGUAAUAAACUUGUAACGGAUGUGUGUAUUUCCUUUGCAUACACUCAGGAGACUUAAUCCUCCUUCAGGUUGGAUUUUCAGUCUCUAUUUUUCCAUCUGUGCAGAGACCUCCAUAGAUAGAAACUCUUCAUUUCUGUUCCCUGAAUCUGAGCUGGUCACUGAGCCUGAGGAGGAGGAGGAAGAGGAGGAGAUGGAAAAAGAGAAAAACACAAAGGAUGUAGAAGAAGAAGAGGAAAAGGCUGCAGAUGGUCCAUCCUUAGCAGACAGUAAGCUUUUUGUCUCAUCUAAUCAUUCCCUUUUUUCUAGGGUAAAGGAAAAAUGAGCUACCUUUGGAACCAGUUAAGGCAGCUACUUUUUGAAAACUACAGCCACUUGGUUGAAUUUUACACUGACCAUGUCUUUGAAGAGCAGUCUCAUAUGUUGUUUUUCUAUCUAGCCCUCGCAGAGACAGAUCUAGAGGAGAUGGCCAUGCAUGAGACAGAAGAAAAUAAAGUGUUUCAGCGAUUUAAGAAGAAGAUUGCACCAGAACCACACCAGGUAUCAAAAGUUGUAAUAUUAAGCUUAAAAACAUCUGUAAAGACAGUGUUAAUAUUUACCUCAUGGUGUUUUUUGUGUUCAGGUGCUGCGCUACACCCGUGGGGGCUCCCCAUUGUGGGUCUCCUCCAAGUACAUCCCAUUAGAUCAUGAUAUCCCACCAUGCACUUGUGGCGCUAAGAGGACUUUUGAGUUUCAGGUGAUCACUGUCUUUGAAUACUUACUAACUUGAACUCUUAAAGAUCACCUAAAUCUUUGUGUGUAAAUUCUGCUGUUAGUACAGUUUUUUUUUAUAUCUAUCUUUCAAUCUUAGAACUGAAGUUUUCUUUUAAAAACUUCACUGAAGCAUAUGCAGUUAUUUUUAAAGAAAAACUUUGUGUCUAACUUUGUUGCCUUUAUUUAUUUAUUUUGGAUGGUUUGAGAACUUAAAAUAAAUCAAGGUAGUACCACGCUAAGAAGCAGUUCAAACUGUGUGUGUGUAAACAAACCUUUGGGACAUGAUGUAGUGACGUGCCUUCUGUUCAGUACUUUUAAUUCUGUGUGUGUGUGUGUGUGUGUGUUUGUCUUUAGGUGAUGCCCCAGCUGUUAAACAGUCUGAGUGUUGACUCCACAGGAGCCAGUAUAGACUGGGGGACACUUGCCAUCUACACGUGUUCUAACAGCUGUAACCAUGACGACCAGUACUGUCAAGAGUUCAUUUGGAAACAGGACUUCGGCCCAGAGCAGCACACACAGAUUAAACCCACCUGAUGUCUACUGGACUAAAUUUCUUUUUGUUUUGUUUUUUUGUAUAAAAGUGAAGCUUAUAGUUCUUAAUCCUGUCCUCUGUAUUUUACUUUGCUUUACAUCUUGUUUAUUAAAAGGAAAGUAAAACAGGUAUUUUUGAUGAGUGAGGAUUGAGGGUUUUUUUUUUCCAAUUACAGUGCUACAUGCUGCAUUUGUUACAGCCCAUAAAACUAGCAAAACAACUACAGUAUGUGCCUUAAAACUAUACAAUAAAGUUUCUUGACUGAUUUCCUACCCUUUAAGCAGCUCAAGCACAGAAAAUGUGAGGCGAUGAUAAAUGCUCGUGUCUGUCAGUAAGAACUUUAUGUUCCAAAGAAAAAUCAGAUAAUUGCUACUGAAGUGAUAGACUAUUCUUUGCAAUGUAAACCCUCAGAUUGUUACUACCGUUACAAAACAAGUAACUUUUUUUUUUCCUCAAAAAGGAGACAAUCAGAGAGUGUAAUACAACUAUAGAUGGAGAAUUAUAUACUGUAAGCAAACGCCCUGGUGUUGGUUACAUAGUAUUAAACUUUUCAUUCAUUCAGUAAUCUAAAAAACUCUCAACUCAGUGUAUGUACUGUGAGAAGUAUUGCGGGACUGUGUGCUAAUCAGUGUCAGUUGAAUCUUUCUUAAAGGUAAUAAUGUUUAGCACAACUGAACAGCCAUAUAAUCGCCACAAUAAAGUUGCUUAUUUAAAUCAAGUCUACAUGGA